AUGCCAACAAUCGUUAUUUGGGCUCAAAUCGUAGAUCGUGAAGCUAAGAAGGUUAAACUCGACGACUGUGCAGACAUUGCUGAUUUGAAAGAAGAACUUCUUGGAAAAGAAGCGAGAAAAUAUCAAGUAUAUCAUAAUGGUCAACAACUGAAAUCUUCAACCAUUGUUCCAUCCGACACCAUAUGUGAGAAUCCUGUGCUUUUGAAAACAUCUCAAGAUAAUUCAUCUGCGGACGUAUCUACUGAAAAUGUUGCACCAACGGUUAAUGAUAAUGUUUCGAAUGUGCAAAGUAUACGUACCAAGUAUGUAGCUGUUGAACAGAUUUCACACGAUGAAAGUAGA